AGUGCUGCGGGCGCCGCGUUCUUUUCCGCGGGAGCGCGGGGGCGACAUGGCGCCGCAAAAGGACAGAAAAUCUAAAAAGUCAACUUGGAAAUUCUGCCUGGACUUGACCCAUCCUGUUGAAGAUGGGAUCUUUGACUCUGGGAAUUUCGAACAGUUCCUAAAGGAGAAGGUUAAGGUCAACGGAAAAACUGGAAACUUGGGGAACACUGUUCACAUUGAACGUUUCAAGAACAAGAUCACCGUGACAUCAGAGAAGCAAUUUUCUAAAAGGUACCUAAAAUACCUCACAAAGAAGUAUCUCAAGAAGAACAAUCUUCGUGACUGGCUUCGUGUCGUCGCUUCUGACAAGGAGACGUAUGAACUACGCUACUUCCAAAUCAGUCAAGAUGAAGAAGGAUCAGAGUCUGAGGAAUAAAUGAAGCUUAGCUUUAUACGCAAUACAGUGUACAAAAGACUAGAACAUCUAUUUAUGAGAACUCUAACUUAUUGGUGAAUAAAGAUUUUGUACUCUGUUUAA